AGUUUUAGAGUCAUGGGGAUGUUAGACAGUACACUCCAAUCCUCCAGUUCUGCCUCCCUGUUGGGGGUUCUGGUGGUUCUCCUGAUCAUCUAUUUUAUCUCCUCUAGCUUCAUUGUACAGGAAAACAAGAAUGGCCCCCCAGGACCCAGACCCCUUCCACUGCUUGGAAACCUUCUGCUUGUGGACCUGAACGGACCCUUCAACUCUUUACUGGAGCUUUCUAAGAAAUAUGGACCAGUCUUUACAGUCUGGCUUGGACCUAAGAAAGUGGUAGUCCUGGCAGGAUACAAGACAGUGAAGGAGGCUCUAGUCAACCAUGCUGACACGUUUGGGGAGAGAGAUCCAGACAUUCUUUUGAUCGAGAGCAGCCACGGGAACGGUGUUACAUGGUCCAAUGGAGACUCAUGGAAAGAGAUGAGACGCUUCGCUCUGUCAAACCUGAGGGAUUAUGGGAUGGGCAAAAGGGCAUGUGAGGACAAAAUCAUUGAGGAGUGUCAUUAUCUUACUGAUGUGCUGAAAAAUUUCGGAGGUGAAGCUUUUGAUACAACCCAGCCCAUUAAUUAUGCAGUCUCUAACAUCAUCUGCUCUUUGGUCUACGGCAGCAGAUUUGAGUAUGACGACCCAGAGUUUACAUACAUGGUGGAUCGAACAGAUAAACUGAUUCGGCUUUUGGGAACCCCAUCAGUACAGGUGUACAACAUUUUCCCAUGGAUGUGUAAAUGGAUGGCCAAUAGGAGGGAAGUCCUGAGGAUAUUUGACACCCUCAAGCAACAAAAGAAGGUUUUUUUCAAAGGUUUGAAAGAGACCUUCAAUCCACAGAUGUGCAGAGGACUUGUAGAUGCUUUCCUGGUCCGACAACAACAACAAAAGGGAUCUGGGAUCACUGACAGUCAUUUCCACAGUGAAAACCUAUUGAUGACAGUCAUUCAUCUCUUUACUGCUGGAACUGGCACAACUGCAACUACGCUCAGAUGGGGUCUCAUGUUCAUGGCAAAGUAUCCAAAGAUACAGGACCAGGUCCAGGAGGAGAUCAGCAGGGUGAUAGGGACUCGUCAGGUGCAAGUCGAGGACAGGAAGAACCUUCCUUUUACCGAUGCCGUCAUCCAUGAGACCCAGAGACUGGCCAACAUCGUACCCAUGGCGCUUCCCCAUAAAACAAGCGAGGACAUCACCUUCCAGGGUUACGUCAUUGAGAAGGGGACCACAGUUUAUCCUCUUUUGACUUCUGUCCUAUAUGAUGAGACUGAGUGGGAGAAACCACACAGCUUCCAUCCUGCUCACUUCUUGGAUGAAGAUGGAAAGUUUGUGAAGCGAGACGCCUUCAUGCCUUUCUCUGCAGGUCGCAGGGCUUGUCUGGGUGAGAGUCUGGCCAGGAUGGAGCUCUUCCUCUUCUUCACCACCCUCCUGCACAACUUUCGUUUCACUCCUCCACCUGGAAUUAAAGAGGAAGACCUAGGUUUGAGUCCUCGAAUCGGCCUCACUCUCAGUCCUUCACCACAUAAACUAUGUGCAGUUUCCUGUCUGUGA